AUGAUUAGGAGCAAUAAUGGAUCUAAAACAUGGCUUUCAUUAGUUAAAAUAGUUUUUUUAUUUAAUUUUCUUCCAAAACUGAUUAAUGCUGUAGAUCCGUCAGAUACACCAUGCGGUAAAGGCACUUAUUUUGAUGGAAACCAAUGUGAACCUUGCCCAGAAGACACUGUGGGGUUAACUAGUAAUAUAUAUACUUGUUUAAAUUGCCCAAUUAAUUCUAGUACAUAUGGAAAUGUUGGUUCAGAUAGCCUUGAUUCAUGUAUUUGUAAUUCUGGUUAUUAUAAAUUAGAAAAAACUAAUAACUGUAUUUCAUGUCCUACUCUUACUCAACAAUAUUUUUGCCCAGGAAAAUUUGAUAAAGAUUAUUGCCAAACAAAUGAAAAACUCAAAAAUGGAGGUUGGUGGUUUAACGAUUAUUCUACCGGUAUAAUAAUGAAGUGUCCUCAUGAAGAAGCUUGCUUACCGGAAUGCAAAGGAUGUAAAGAAGGAUAUACAGGUCCAUUAUGUAAUGUAUGUACUAGUGAUUACUUUCCAUUAGAUUAUGGAAUCGAAAAAGAAUGCGUCAAAUGCCCAAAUCAAUACCUGCUGUUGUUAAUUUUCUAUGGAAUGAUUUCAUUAUUAGUAUUUAUUUCUUAUGGUAUUGCGAGAGUUAGUGAAUUAUCCAUAAAAUAUACAGCAUUAAGUAGAAGAAAUUCUGCCGUAGUUGGUAAGUUCAAAAACUUAGUGUUUUUCCUAUCUAUUAGCACUGCAUAUGGUAUAUUUGUUAAAUAUAAAGAUGUUGACUUUAAAGAUAUGGACGAUUUCUUUAUUUUUUAUCUCAAGAUAUUAAAAUUUCUAGCACCUAAUUUAUGGCUCCCAAUUGGAGUUUUUCCAUCAAAGUGUCUUUUUAAGUCAUUUCCAAUUAUAAUGCAAUCAGUUGGGCAGGACAAUUUAACUGAUGCAAAUGCUGACUUGUUUAUUUCAAAUUCUAUACCAAUUUUGGGUAUUGCAAACAUAUUUAUUAUAUUUACUAUUAAACAUAUUAUUGACGUAAGCAAAAUAUAUAAAGAAAAUGACACUAAAAUGGAACUAAGUGCGAUGAAAGUCAUGGAUUCAUCCGCCCGAUUAGAUAAAUUUAAUCAAAUUCUAAAGAAACAAACAGAAAAGUCGACAUAUAGGUUUAUCAGCACUUCACAAGUGUUUUUGACGUUAAUUUACUCUACUAUCUGUUGGUCUAUAAUCGUUUCAAUGACUUGCACAAAUAUUCCAGGUUUUGGUACAGUUCAAUCACAAUGUUAUAAAUUACCCUGUAAAUCAUUAAAUAAAGAUGCACUUAUUGGAUAUAUUUACUACUGCACAAUAUUUCCGCUAAUUAAUAUCAUUUCCAGUUUUCUUAUUCGUAAAAAGAUAAUUCGGCAAAAUCAGUUGUACACAAUUAGCAGCAGUUUUUUGUUUUCUGGUUAUAAAAUUUCAGUUUUAUAUUGGGAGUCAAUUCGUUUAUAUAUUGUUUCUGCAAUGAUUCAUAUUCUAAAUUUUAAUUAUGUUUUUGCCAGAUAUUUAAUACUAUUUGCACUUUCAAUUUUCUCCAUAAUAGUAUUUAUUGAAAGUAUUAUUUCUCCGGUUGAUAAUAGUGAUGUUAGUGAAAAGAAUGGAAUGGAUAAACCUUGGUGGUUAUUCUCUACAAGUCUGAUGGUUAAUACAAUAGUUUCUGGGUUUACAUUGAUUAUUAUUCCUUGUUUGCUUUGUAUCUACAGCUAUUAUCCAAAAUUUGAAUUUGUUAUUGAAAUAACUAUUGUUGCUUUUCAUUUAGGAACAAUUUUGUUUAUGUUUCAACAAGUGUUUGUAGACACAUUAUUUUUGAUUCAUCAAUAUAAUAAACACAAGCAAUUAUAUGGUGAUAAAGAACAGAUUUUGGAUACAGAGGAAUCCAGUGAUGGAAUGUCUCUUUAUUACAAACACAAACUUGGCGACAAUGAACAAAAUAAUUUUAUUUUAGGACUUCUUAAAUCCCCUUUUCCUGAGGAAGCAGCUGCACAAAUGCUUUAUUUAAUAGAACAAGGAAAUAUCUUUGACUGUGAAGCAAAGGAUAUUGGUAAACUGCUUUAUUCAGCUGGAUUUUAUGAGCCACAAGGACAAACUUUGAGGUACUUAAUUCCAAAAAUUAAAGGUUAUAGAUCUAAUUCUGAUAUUCCGGUUGAUAAUGAAAUUGAGUUAUUAGGAGAAGUAAGGAAAUGUAUUAUGAAUACAGUUAGAAUUCUUGGAAUUGAAUCAGCAGUAAAAAAUUCUCAAUUUAGAGCUAAGGGAGCUAGGGUAAUAUUUUCUUCUCAGCAAUUUGGUGAAUCUACAUUACAAAGCAAGACUUUUAAAUUACUAUUUCCAGAUGCAUUACCAAUGGUAUAUCCAGAUGAUGAAGAAUUUAGACUAAGAAUAAUAGAUGCAAGAAUGGUUGCUAAAGAAAUUAGAAAAGAAAGAAACAAGAAACUCAAAGAAUUUAAUAAUGACGGAAUUUAUGAUAAAGUAUUUGGGUUCAACAUUCCUGUAAGGCCUGAUGUUAAGGAGUUACUUGAAAUGAAGAGACUAAAUGAGUUAAUUCUUCCACCAAGAUGGGAUCCUUUAGAUGGAAGGCUUGACCAUGAAUUUGACCAUGCAAGAUAUAUUAAAAUCCGAAAACAAUUUGAAGAUAUACUUCCAAUUGCAGGAACCUCAAUAAUAUCAUCAGAAGAAGUUGAAAGGAAUUUUAUGAAAUGGUAUAAUGAAGGACUAUCAAUAGAAUCAUCAAAAAGGUAUGAUCAUACAAGCAUGGUAGGAUCGAAAUAUCUCAUUGAGGGUGAUUCUGAAGUGAAAGAUUUUACAUUUCAGUCCAGAAAUGGUAAAAACAUGAGUGUACAAAACAAUAGGCAAGGAACAUCUAAAUCAAUCACAAAGAAAAAAAAAUAA